GCGUGGUCAGUGGACGUUUUCAUCUCCAAACAGACAUUUUUGCCAUUCCUCUUAACGGCUUUGCCCGACCUUGGCAACAGAAAACUCGCCUGGAUUUAUUCUAUAAAGGCUUUUUGGAUAUUGCUCGGAUAUCAGAAUCAAGAUGUUCUACACGUGUGGACCCAAUGAAGCCAUGGUGGUGUCUGGCUUUGGCCGUUCUCCUCCUCUUAUGAUUGCUGGAGGAAGAGUGUUUGUAUUCCCAUGUAUUCAGCAGAUCCAGAGAAUCACCCUCAACACCCUGACUCUGAAUGUUAAGAGUGACAAAGUCUACACCCGCCAUGGUGUCCCUAUCUCUGUCACCGGCAUUGCACAGGUGAAGAUCCAGGGCCAGAACAAGGAGAUGUUGGCCACUGCCUGCCAAAUGUUUAUGGGCAAGUCUGAGGCUGAGGUUGCCCAGAUUGCACUUGAAACACUAGAGGGACACCAGAGAGCCAUUAUUGCCCAUUUGACUGUGGAGGAGAUCUACCAGGACCGUAAGAAGUUCUCCGAGCAGGUCUUUAAGGUGGCCUCCUCUGACUUGGUCAACAUGGGAAUAGGUGUUGUCAGCUACACGCUCAAAGAUGUUCAUGAUGAUCAGGACUACCUUAAUUCCCUGGGUAAAGCCAGAACAGCCCAGGUCCAGAAGGAUGCCAGGAUUGGAGAGGCUCAGUAUAAACGGGAUGCUGUCAUCCGGGAAGCCCAUGCGAUGCAAGUGAAGGUGUCUGCUCAGUACGAGAAUGAAAUUGAGAUGGCAAAAUCCCAGAGAGACUACGAGCUGAAGAAGGCCGCCUAUGAUGCUGAGGUCAACACCAAGAAGGCUGAGUCAGAAAUGGCCUAUCAGCUUCAGGUGGCCAAGACAAAGCAGCGCAUUGAGGAGGAGACGAUGCAGGUUCAGGUGGUGGAGAGGACACAGCAGAUUACUCUGCAGGAGCAGGAGAUCAUCCGUAAGGAGAUGGAGCUGGAGGCCAAAGUCAAGAAGCCUGCAGAAGCAGAGAAAUACCGACUGGAGAAGCUGGCCGAGGCUCAGCGCCUGCAGCUCAUUAUGGAGGCUGAGGCCGAGGCUGAGUCCAUCAGAAUGAAGGGUGAGGCAGAGGCUUUUGCCCUGGAGGCUAAGGGCCGUGCUGAGGCUGAGCAGAUGGCCAAGAAGGCGGAGGCCUUCAAGCAGUACAAAGAAGGAGCCAUGGUGGACAUGCUGCUGGAGAAACUGCCACUGAUGGCAGAGGAGAUUAGCAAGCCACUGUCGGAAGCCCACAAGGUAACCAUGGUUUCCAGUGGCAGCUCAGAAGUGGGAGCAGCCAAACUGGCCGGAGAGGUGCUAGAUAUCAUGACCAGGCUGCCAACCACUGUGGAGAAACUUACCGGAGUCAAUAUUUCCCAGACUGGAGCAAGGACCACCCUUGUGCGUUAAGAAGAGAGGGAGAAUAGAAGUAAUCAGGAGAGGUGUCACCAAUAGCCAGACUAAGAGCUCCAAAUCUCCACCUUGUGCCGACAACCACUGUAAUGACAUCGGCAACAGCGUAGCCCUGUCCGAUUGUCUGUGUGCAUGCAUUUCACUUGUGUGUCUCUCUUGCCGGUUCCUCCUCCAUCUAAAAGGGAUGGGAAUUUUUCUUCCACCUUAAUGUCGUUUCUUUUUCAUGUCCCUGAUCUGAGCUGUUGUGUUUUCUGGGAUUCGAUUGUUGAUGAAGCUACUUAGUCUGCCUGGAGGAGACAAAAACAUCAGCCCACUUUAGCCAGUGAUAGUAGAAGUAAAAAUUCCUGUCAGUCUUUUUAUACUUGACCAUCAGUAUGCAAGUUUUUACCUUCUUACUAUAAAAUGCCUCAUUAUCCCUGUAUAGGGACUGGGUCAAUAAACUGUUCUUUUUUUUUUUACUUUUUAAUGUAGAAGAAAAGGAUUUUUUCUUUUCUGUGCCUUUCAAUUUAAUGAAUGCUGUUGAGGUCUUUUUAUCACAGCAUCUCCUCACACUUUUGGGAGUGGGCGUAUUGAUACUAUCAUCAUAGUUUUAUACUAUUUAUUUAACACUACCUAGCUUUGUGGUGAUCAUAAAAAGACAGACAGACCUGGGGUGGCUCUAGUUUACUCCACAGGUCUCUUGGUUGUAACCGAUUACAUUACUGGGCCCAAAAUAAUAUCAGUUGCACUGCAAGUGGAAGGAUUUUCUUUGUGCUUCAGAAUGAAGGGAAAGGAAGUGGAUAAUGGAAGCCAGUCGAAAGUAUGCAAGUAUGAGCUGAAAGUAUGUUGAUGUGGAAGAAAACAGUUUUUGACUUUUGCUGCAGUGUCCUCUGGAGUGGUGACCUUUAUAUUGCAAAAGUACAGAAGGACCAUCACUAACUAACCAACUAAUGAUGUUUUUGCUGCCUUGAGUUUAAAUUGCAACAUGGGAGAUAGUAUGAUUUUUGCUGUCUUUUUUAUUCAUUGUACUGAUUUUUCCAUUACAAUUUGAGGGUGAUUUUUAGGUCUUGUAGGUGUAGGAGGUUUUUGAUGACAGCCCAGUACCUCUGAUUGGGAGCCCGGGGGCAGUGUUUCCUCUUUCUUCAGAUGCCUCACCAACUGUCCAAAGUUUUCCAGCUACCAAGCCUUAGCACUUUGUUACCAACAAGUGCCUGGUUAAAACUCCAAAACAGCCAAGUCAAGUUGACUUCUCUAGUUAAGCUUAUCACUUAAUCUAUCAGGGAAUAAUUCCUUAUAUAUGAUAACUAAUCAUAAGCCAUUAGCCAUUGCUGUAGAUGAAAACCAAAACAGUCUCUACUCCUUUUAUAUGUUCUUGUGACUAAUCUUUUACUUUUCUUUAAAAAUGUGUUGCUGUAUGUCUUUUAAAGUAACCCAAGAAGUGGUUAUAGUGUCAAAUAGUAAAGAUUUGUAUGUAGUGAAAUGUUCUAAGACAAUAAAAUAUGGCUUAAUCACUGAAA